AGGUGUGAGGUGCUCUUCAGAAAAGCAAGGGAUUCGCGCCAGCCAUGUCACUAGCUGAGCAGGUCUCACAGCUCUCUGACUCUGUGGGGCUCUGUUACUAGUCACGCCAGAACUCUUGGCCUCCAACGUUGAUGUUGAGCAUUUUGUGUUUCAAGGUUUUGAGGAAAAUGCAGAGACGGCACAGCAGCAACACCGACAGCGUUCCUCCUGAAAGAAACCGGAGCCAAACAGUCAGCUCUGAAACCAGCGUGGAUGAGAGCGGCGUCUUUGAAAGCCUCAAGGCAGAAGCCUCCUCGCCGCAGCAGCUGUUCUCGGGCCUGGCGGGGAUCCCCUCGGGCGCCAUCCCCACCGCCCCGUUCCAGGCAGGUUUGGUUCUGGGCUCCUCGGCGGGCGGUGGGGAAGUUUUCAUCCAGAUGCCAGCGCCGCGCGAGGACGGUGCAAGCCGUGCGGAGGGAGCCCCCUUUCACCACCGGCAGCAGCCCCAUCAUUUCCACCAGGGCCAUCACCGGGGUUCGGCUCUGCUGCACAUGGCCGGUGGGGAUCGCCACGGGCACGCCGAGGAAGGCGCCGACGAGCAGGCCAGCACACCAGCCCCCGCCCUGUCCGAGUUAAAAGCUGUGAUCGGGUGGCUGCAGAAGGGCCUUCCAUUCAUCCUGAUCCUCCUGGCUAAAGUGUGUUUCCAGCAUAAGCUUGGGAUUGCUGUGUGCAUCGGAAUGGCCAGCACCUUCGCGUACGCCAACUCAACCCUCCGUGAGCAGGUUGCUUUGAAGGAGAAGAGGUCGGUAUUGGUUGUCUUCUGGAUCCUGGCCUUUCUCACUGGAAACACCUUCUAUUUGCUCUACACGUUCAGCUCACAGCAACUGUACAACAGCCUUAUAUUUCUGAAACCCAACCUUGAGAGGCUGGACUUCUUUGACCUAAUGUGGGUUGUGGGAAUCACAGACUUCGUGCUGAAGUACCUCACCAUUGCGCUGAAAUGCCUGAUCGUUGCCCUGCCUAAGAUCAUUCUAGCUGUCAAAUCAAAGGGUAAGUUUUAUCUGAUCAUUGAAGAGCUGAGCCAGCUGUUCCGCUCCCUUGUCCCAAUCCAGCUGUGGUACAAAUACAUCAUGGGAGAUGAUCCAUCAAGCAGCUACUUCCUAGGGGGGAUCCUGAUCAUCCUGUACAGCCUGUGCAAGUCUUUUGACAUCUGUGGCCGCGUGGGAAGUGUCCGGAAGGCACUGAAAGUCCUUUGCACCACACAGACGUAUGGAGUUCGUGCUACCAGCCAGCAGUGCAGCGAGGCAGGUGACAUCUGUGCCAUUUGCCAGGCAGAAUUCAGGGAGCCUUUGAUCCUUAUGUGCCAGCACGUGUUCUGUGAAGAAUGCCUCUGCCUCUGGUUUGACCGUGAGAAGACCUGUCCCCUCUGUCGCUCGGUCACCGUGGACACCCUGCGCUGCUGGAAAGAUGGCACCACCUCUGCCCAUUUCCAGGUGUAUUAAAACCAACACACCACCAACGCGUGGAACGACAUGUGCAGACACAAGAAAAAGCUGUAAAAUUUGAGUGUCCCAUCCACCUAUUUAGUUGCCUGUGGAUUGGUUGUCUUGAUCUUUCUCCCAGCUCUGCCUCUUCUGCAGCCUGCAGAACAAUUUGUUACUAGUCAGAAACCUUACCCUAACAGGCGAGAAUGAUGUGUUUCAUGUUGUGGCAACCUCCGUGGCUGA